AAAAUGGUAGAACUGUCACUACUGGGUUGACAUUUGACAUUUGUUUAUUAUCAUCGAACAUUGUUGAUAAAUUAGUCAUCAAAUUGAGGCAAUUUGGCAAAAACCCCUCAAAAAAUGAACCGUCUAUUUGGGAAAGGCAAGCCUAAGGAACCGGGCCCCAACAUUUCGGACUGCAUUGCAGGGGUGGACGCCAGGGCUGAGGGCGUCGAAAAGAAGAUCAAUGUCUUGGAAAACGACCUGCGGAAGUUCAGGGAGCAAAUGUCCAAGAUGCGAGAAGGACCAGCCAAGAACGCAGUCAAAGCUAAAGCAUUGCGAAUUCUUAAGCAGAAGAAAUUGUAUGAGAAUCAACUGGAUAAUCUCAGGGGCCAGUCCUUUAACAUGGAACAAGCGAACUUUGCUCAUCAAACGUUGAAAGACACCCAAACUACUGUAAUUGCCAUGAAAGACGGCAUGAAAGCCAUGAAGCGGGACUUUAAGAAGAUCAAUAUUGAUGAUAUUGAUGAUGUCCAAGAUGAACUGGCUGAUAUGCUGGAUCAAGCUGACGAAGUUCAAGAGGCCCUGGGCAGGAGCUACAACACUCCAGAGUUGGACGAUGAUGAAUUGGCUGCAGAACUCGAUGCUUUAGGCGAUGAAUUAGCCUUGGAUGACGAUCAGAGCUACCUGGAUGAUAUUGGGAAAUUGCCAGACGCUCCCAUAACCAAGCCCGAUGCCAUUGCCAACAGAACAAACAAGGAUGGCGUGCCCGUGGAUGAAUUCGGCUUACCACAACUGCCCAGCAAUCAUUGAGUUAAGAGAGCAGGUGUAUAUUAAGCCUCAUUCAAAGUACAUCUAGGCAUGUGGUUAAAGCCCGGGAUUUAACACCGAGUCGUUUUUAUAUUUUAUUGUGGUUAAUUGGCACUGAACUAGUUGCUGGAUCAGCAGGUUUAUUUGGUUUCCACCCGCACUUUGUGUUAAUAAUAUAUAUAGUAACGAUUUUUAUGGAAAGUGGCUUUAGAAAUCAAACUCCCUAUUCAACAAGAGUUUCUUGAAAA